AUGCAGGAGGAUUUGAAAAGAAGAAAGACUCGAUAUAUAAAAGAGGCUCAAAGUGCUGCAGAAAAGUAUAUAGAAGAACCUCGCCAUCAAAGACCAAAGAAAGGAAGCAAGAAGCAACUUGAUUUUGACGUUGAAAAUGAAAUGGAAGAUGACAAUACAGUGAUUGGGGAAAUGAACCUUGAAACACCUGUGGAUGAAGACAUGACAACGAACAGUGAACACAAUAAUUGUAGUGAAAUGGAAGAUGAAAAAAUAGAAGGAGAAAUAAUGAUGGAGUGCUCAGACAAUAUAAGACAAACGAUUGAAAAGGAAGUUUAUGAGAAGUCUAAAGCCCCAAAUGGGGAUUACAUAGUAAUAGCAAAGGAAAUGAAAUCAGAAAUAUGCUCGAAGACUGGAACAACUGGAGAAAAAAUGAUAACUUGGCCGAAAAGAGUUACAUUUUUUCUUCAAUUGCUGCUAUUGCGGAAAAUAAAUAUGGUUUUAGUCAAUCACAAUGUAAACUGGUGGAACAGCUUGUGGGUUCAUUUGGGACAUUAUUCUGCGACGAGUUUGAUAAUAUUUGGAAAAGCAUCCAUAUAA